CGCGGACCCAGUUUAACGCUCGAUUCUGCGUGUUCAAGUAGUCUGAAUGCUGUACAUCUCGGUUGCCAGGGACUCAGGAUGGGCGAGGUCUCUAUGGUAGGUUCUUCCGUUUUCAAGCUUUGUGGACUUGCCAGGGGUAUUUCGACGCUGACAGGGUUAUACAUAGGCUAUCGUUGGGGGGUGUAAUCUCUUCUACAAUCCCGACACCAUGGUACCCCUUACGGGUCUUGGAUUUCUCUCGGCAGACGGCAAGUGUUACACAUUUGACAGUCGAGCAAAUGGCUACUCUCGCGGCGAGGGCUUUGGCAUGGUUGUUCUGAAGCGCAUGUCAGAUGCUGUUCGUGACGGUAAUGUUGUUCGUGCAGUGAUCCGUGCCACGUCCUCCAACCAGGACGGAAAGUCUCCAGGCAUAACGCAGCCUACACGCCAGGGUCAGGCUGUCUUGAUCCGCGAGGCAUACGAGAAGGCGAAUCUCGACCUCAGCGUCACGCGGUUCUUCGAGGCGCAUGGAACUGGUACACCGAUGGGUGAUCCGAUCGAGGCCAGUGCCAUCAGCGAGGUGUUCACGCCGUAUCGGUCUGCCGAAGAGCCCAUGUUCGUCGGCGCCCUGAAGAGCAACAUUGGCCAUCUGGAGGGCGCUGCUGGUAUUGCCGGACUCAUCAAAGCUGUCGCUGCGCUGGAGAGUGGUGUCAUCCCUCCAAAUAUCUGGUUUGAACAGGUGAAUCCAAGGAUACCGGCCGAUAAGUGGCACCUCAAGUUCCCGGUACGGCCAACAUUAUGGCCUCAACAUGGGCUGCGUAGGGCUUCGGUCAACUCCUUUGGUUAUGGUGGGAGUAAUGCGCAUGUCGUUCUUGAUGAUGCACAUCAUUACAUGCUCGAUCGCCACAUCGACGGAGAGCACAGGACAACCACCAGCCCCAAACUACCCAGCUUGGGUUUCACCGAGACAAUUACCGUUGCGGAUGGAUCCCUGCCAGACCACCAGGACCUUCGUCCAAACGAGGUUCACAGUGGGAGCCAUGACGGAGUUGUCAACAGCGAUCGCACGUUGCCAACACAAGUCAAUGGAACGAACGGCCACAACAGCACGUACGGCGAUGCAUCCGGAGACCACAUGCGAAAGAGGAUCUUCUUGUUCUCUACAAAUGACGGAGAUGGUACGCGGCGCCUGGCCGAAUCCUACCACGGCUAUUUAGAAAGGCAGUCAUCAGCCAUCCGCGAUGAGCAGUCAUACCUCGACGACCUGAGCUACACUCUCCUGUCCAAGAGAAGUCAGUUUCUCUGGCGAACAGGCGCCGUGGCCAGUGAUAUCGAGUCCCUCAGGGCUGCAUUGGCCGAGACUCCAGCGUCAGUACGUUCGGGGGCCAACGGUAAACUCGCCCUCGUCUUCACCGGUCAGGGAGCCCAGUGGGCAGCGAUGGGCCGCGAGCUCCUCAGGUUCCCCGUUUUUGAAGCCAGUUUGACGGAUGCUGACAAAUACCUGACGAAGCUUGGCUGCCCAUGGUCCUCGAUGUUGGAGCACAUGCGGGAUGAUGGUGAGACCAUGAUCAACGAGGCGGCAUAUAGCCAGCCGAUUUGCACCAUCUUGCAGGUCACUCUAGUGGAGCUAUUGCACAGUUGGUCGGUCGUCAUCCAUGCAGUUGUUGGACACUCCUCAGGCGAAAUUGCGGCGGCUUUUGCUGCUGGAGCAAUCUCGCGUGAAAAUGCUUGGAGGAUUGCCUACUAUCGUGGAAAGCUCACCUCGCAGAUUGGGGGAAACGGUGCCAUGUUGGCUGUUGGUUUGCCUCCACAAAAGGUAUCCGAGUAUAUGAACGAGAUAUCUUCCCCAGAAAAGGGAGUCUUGUCGAUUGCCUGCUACAACAGUCCAAAGAGCGUGACCGUCAGCGGGGCCUCGGCCAACAUUCAAGCAUUGCAAGGCCGAUUAGACCAAGAUUCCGUCAUCAAUCGGAGACUUAAGGUCACCAAUGCUUACCAUUCGGUUUUCAUGCAAAGCAUUGCAGAUGAGUAUCGCAAGCUCAUCAGCGACCUGAAGUCGCCAAUCGGAUACGGCGACGAGGAGAACCUGUCAGCGCCAACAUUCUACUCGUCCUUGACUGGCGACCUCCUCCAGUUGCACAUGCUCCAGACGCCAGACUACUGGGUUGACAACCUGAUCUCUCCAGUCAGGUUCUCAGAUGCCGUCUCGAAGAUGUUGACGGACAAGCCUACCCAAACCAAGGGGUCCAAGUCUGCUGCAUCGGUCUUCUACCCAGUCACAGAACUUCUUGAGGUCGGACCGCAUGCUGCAAUACAAGGACCUCUCCGCGAGAUAAUGGAAAAGAUCCCCGGUAUGAAAGACGUCGCUUAUAGAUCCAUUCUAAAGCGGAACUCGGAUGCCGAGGACACUGCUUUGGAGGCCGCUUGUUGGCUCUGGUGCAGGGGACAGGCGAUUGACAUCGAGGCUAUCAACGGUACAAACGCCGGAGCUUCCACAGCCAAGAUGUUAGUUGACCUCCCGCCCUAUCCCUUCAAUCACUCCAAGUCGUACUGGAAAGAAAGUCGACUGAGCAAGGGCUACCGGUUCCGACAACACCCUCGCCUCGAACUACUCGGUGCGCCAGUGCCAGAUUGGAACAAGAACAAUGCAACCUGGAGGAACUGGAUACGGCUCAGCGAGAACCCUUGGGUUAGAGACCACAGGGUUACUGGGAGCCUUCUCUACCCCGGGGCUGGUAUGCUGGUCAUGGCCAUCGAAGCGAGCAAACAGCUCCUCAAUCCUCAGAAGUCUCUCAAGGGCUUUCGAAUGAAGGAGGUUGUGUUCAAGCUUGCACUACGAAUCCCAACAGCUGCUGAGGGGAUCGAGAUGCACUUCCAUGUUCGACCAUACUUUGAUAGUACAUCAAGCACAUCAUCCAAUUGGAAUGAAUUUCAACUCUGCAGUUACGACGGCGAAGGGUGGCGCGAUCACUGCCGCGGACUUAUCCAGCCUGAGUACGAGACUCCAGUUAACCCGGUUGACAACGGCAUCGAAGAAGAAAUAUUUUUACAGCAGCGUGCAGAGUCCAGCAAAAAUGCCGAGACUGCUUGCACGAAGUCGGUCUCGUCGAAGCAACUCUACGAGCUCCUUCGUACCUCCGGAUUCGACUUUGGUGAAACUUUCCAAACUCUCUCUAAUAUCUCUAUCGACAAAAAUCAGGGGGCAAUCGCAACUGUCAAGGCUCCCAACAUCAAGAGCAAGAUGGCACACGGCUAUGUGCAGCCCCACUUGAUCCAUCCUACAACACUUGACGGCGUUAUGCAGUCGGUGAUCGUUGCCUUGACUCGAGGUGGCCGUGAAGUUCGCGAUGCUAUGGUCCCGAAUGCAAUCGGCCAGCUUUGGAUCUCUGCAGAGGCCGAUGCCACCUAUGAAGCUCUCAGGGUAAGUGCCAAGGCAGAACACCUGGGUCUCCGCCAAGCGACUGCGUCCGUGAUCGCCUGGAAUAUAGUUUCAGGGAAGCCACUCAUCACUAUCGAUGGGUUCGUAUCAACGGCCAUUUCAAGCGGUCUGUCAGACCAGCAAGGCAACCGCAGUGCACAUCGUCACUUGUGCUUCAACCUCGACUGGAAGCCAGACGUCACCUUCUGCAAUCAGGGCUCGUUGAUGAAGCUCUUCCCGCCGUCCGAGGAACUCGCUAGAGUUGACCCGACGGAGCUCAUCGCCGACGUCGAGGGCAUCUGCUACAUGUACCUGCGCCGUUACAUGAAGAUCCACGUUGAGGAUCAGAUUACAGACGCAAAGCCAUGGUAUCGUAAAUACAUAUCAUGGGCGCGACAUCAACUGUCCCGCCAUGCGCGUGGGGAGCUAAUCCACGACGGCAACGGAAACUGGGACCAAAUUGCUGAUGACGACGUUGCCUUUGCUAAGCUUGAGGCCAAACUCGAGAAUAGCAGCCCAGAAGCUAAAAUAAGCGUUAUUGUUGGAAGAGCGCUGCCCGACAUCCUGAGCGGCAAGGUUGACCCUCUCGAGCUGUUAUUCAGCGGCUCCCUCGCGGAGGAUGUGUACAGACAUGGAACAGGGGGCGAGCUCUGCUACUCGUCUCUGACCAAUUAUCUUGAUGCACUUGCUCAUAAGCACAGUGAUCUGGUCAUUCUCGAAGUAGGAGCUGGAACGGGAGGUGCCACUCUUUCCGUUCUCAACACCCUCACUCGUCAUGGGGAGUCUGAAGUCGGGGCGGGCCGUUUCGAAAGAUAUGAUUUUACUGACAUCUCGUCCUCAUUCUUCGAGAACGCUAAGGUGACUUUCAAGAGCACUGUCGACCGCAUGAGAUUCCAGACUUUCAACAUUGAGAAAGACCCCCUCGAGCAAGGCUUCCAAGCCGACCAGUACGACCUCAUCAUCGCCGGCAACGUCGUCCACGCCACGAAGAAUAUUGACCACACUCUGAAGAACCUUCGCAAAUUGCUGAAGCCGGGGGGCACACUCAUCCUUCACGAGCUAACCAACACCGCAUUGGUUCGGACCGGCUUCGCCAUUGGUUUGGUGCCUGGAUGGUGGCUCUCAGAAGAACCCCACCGAGUCUGGGGCCCAUUGAUGUCGGCAUCCGACUGGGAGGUCCAUUUGAAGCGCAGUGGCUACACUGGUGUUGAUCUUUGCUUCGAAGAUUAUCCCUAUGAGCCUAACAGGAUCAACAGCAUACUCAUCGCCAAGGGCGAAGCUUCUGUACCCCAGCCCCGGGCGCUGCCUCCGGUCAUUAUUGUUAUAGAUGGGAACUCAGACUUCCAAAACUCGGUGGCAAAGGAGAUCCAGCGUGGCAUCUCUUCCCUGGGAGCUCCGCGAUGUGAGGUUGCUGCCAUCCAUCAACUCGAUGGGACCGACUUUGCCGGAAAGCUGUGCGUCGUUCUUGCGGACGUCGAGGGUGGCAGCCUUCUCGAACACGUCGAUGAAGCCAAGCUCAAGAUCCUGCAGAAGAUGACCACAAAGCUGGCAUCACUGGUAUGGCUGACCCUGGGCGGUGGUCCGGCGUCGCAGAAUCCCAACGGCGAAAUGGUGACUGGUCUUGCCAGAGUUAUGCGACAGGAGAACCCAACCUUGAGCUUCAUCACCAUUGCAAUCGCCCGACUCCGCGGCGCUGCUGUGGUCGCAGAGACGACUACGAGCAUCAUCAAUUCGACGUUAGUAAAGAGGGCAAGGGAUGCCAGAGACGCCAGCGAUAACGCCUUUUACGAAUCCGAGGGCGUAAUUCACAUUAGCCGCCUCGUGGAAGCGAGCUACAUGAACGAUGCGAUCAUCCGGAAGACCACACAGCCUGCCGCCCAGAAGCAACAGUUCGGCAGCGACCCUGAGCGUACUCUGAAACUCGUCGUCGGCUCACCUGGUCUGCUAGACACUCUUCAAUUCGUCGAUGACGCUGUGUAUGAGCAGCCCAUGGCCGAGGGCCAUGUCGAGUUCAAGGUCGAAGCUGCCGGUCUUAACUUCCUCGACAUUAUGAUUGCCCUUGGCCAAGUCACCGGGAAUGACCUCGGGGUGGAGGGUGCAGGCGUUGUCACUCGAACUGGCCCUAACUCGAAAUUCAAGAUUGGUGACAAGGUCUGCGGUAUUGCUCCUGGCACAUUCAGCACCUAUGCUCGAACUCUUGAGACAUCCAUCACCGCCAUGCCGGAGAAUCUGUCCUUCAGAGUUGCCGCGGGCUUGUCCGUGGUGUUUGUUACGGCCUACUGCGCUCUAUACAGCAUCGCAGACAUCCAGCGCGGCGAAUCCGUUCUGAUCCAUGCAGCCGCCGGCGGGGUUGGCCAGGCUUGUAUCCAACUUGCCAAGGUACGCGGCGCAGAAAUCUAUGCCACGGUCGGUUCUACCGAGAAGCGGGACCUUCUCAUCGACACGUACGGCAUUUCCAAGGACCGCAUCUUCUCCAGUAGGGAUCUCACCUUUGCUCAAGGCAUCAAGCGAGUGACGAAGGGCCGUGGUGUAGAUGUCGCUGUCAACUCGCUAUCUGGCGAUGCUCUGCGCGCAACCUGGGAUUGCAUCGCCCCCUUUGGCCGCUUUGUGGAGGUCGGCAAGAUCGACAUCUACUCCUCAGCACGGCUGAACAUGGAGAAGUUCAAGAACAACGUCCGCUUUGAGUUCGUGGAUAUCAGCUUCCUGGCAAGGAACAAGGGCCAGGAGUUCUCAGCUAUCAUGGAGGACCUGAUGAGCCAUGUCCGCGACGGCCACAUUGGGCAGUUACAUCCUACGCGCGCAUUUGGAUUCGGCGAAAUGAAUGAAGCCUUCCGUUACAUGCAAAGCGGGGCACACUCUGGCAAGAUUAUCAUGGAACCUCAUGCCGACGAUGUUACUUCGGUUGUCCCUCCAACAAAAAGCGCCUACGACUUCGACCCGGCAGCUUCCUUUGUUAUCUCUGGCGGGCUUGGUGGUCUCGGUCGAUCCAUGGCAAGAUGGAUGUCAGCUAGGGGCGCCAAGUACCUGAUCUUGCUAUCUAGAUCAGGGAACACCAGGGACUCAUCAAGGGAACUCGUCAGCGAUCUAGAGUCGAUGGGAGUAAAUGUGGCCACGCCGCAAUGUGAUGUGUCUGAUAUCAAUUCACUGACAAAAGCCCUUGAUGACUGCUAUGCGAAGGGCUUCCCGAAGGCCAAGGGCUGUAUCCAGGGGUCUAUGGUGCUUAAGGAUGGGCUGUUCGAGAAUAUGACUGUGGAAGACUACUACACUGCGGUCAGGCCCAAGCUACACGCUUCCUGGAACCUGCAUAACAUCCUUCCUAAAGACAUGGAUUUCUUCAUCCUUCUGUCAUCCCUCGCCACCGUUGUCGGAAAUCGUGGCCAAGCAAACUACAACAUUGGAAACUCGUUCCAAGACGCGCUUGCGAGAUACCGCGUUCUCAACGGCCUAAAGGCAAUUGCCCUCGAUCUCGCCAUGAUCUUGUCAGUGGGGUACGUCGCCGAGACAGACUCUGACCUGGUAAAUCACCUGCGCGACCUUGGCGCAGAGCCUAUCCGGGAGGAAGAAUUCCACGCCAUCCUGGACGAGCUGUGCAACCCUUCCCUGCCCCUGCAGCCAUUCAUCAAGGCGCAAAUCACGCUGGGUUUACAAAUGCCCGAGACUCGCAUAUCCACCGGCGCCGAGGAGCCCGGUUGGUUUCGUGAUCCGCUCUUCCAGCACCUGCACCGUAUCCGAACGCUCGAAGGGGCUCCGGACUCGGACGACAAAAAGGUCAACUACGGGCCACUCCUGGCCGCGGCGGAGAGUUUCGAAGUGGCGACGAAUAUAGUCUACCAUGCGCUGGUGGAGAAACUAACCAAGGCACUCAACAUCUCGCCAGGUGACAUUGAUCUUACAAAGCCGAUCCAUUCGCUUGGCGUCGACUCGCUUAUUGCGAUCGAGCUGAGAACGUGGAUACUGAAACAGCUCGAUGCGGACGUGGCCGUGUUCGACAUGAUGGAACUGUCGAGCAUGCGAGCCCUUGCAGGUCUGAUUGCGUCUAGAAGCGGUUUUGUGACACGCGAGGAGCAGGAAGAUUGAACUUUUCGACAAUGGCCAAGCAACUGUUAUUUUUAUUAUGGUCGUUAUUUUUUCUUUUAACG